AUGGACCUGUCGCGUAGGACAAAGAGUCAGAAAGACGAGAUUCUUCGCAGCGCGCUGGGCAAAGGCCGCAGUGAGAGUCUUGAGGACAAGAUCAAAGAACAAUUCACCAGUAUCGAGCAGAGUAAGCAUCCGGUAGAAGAUUGUUGUGCAGCAGACUGUCGCGGUGAACGGUCGCUGGGCCUUGCGUUGUGUCAUCGACUCCCGCCCGUCGGUCUAGAACGAGUCCCGGCCAAGCGACUCUGUCAUGCCUUCGAUGGCUGCUCUCCCAUUCUAGACCUUUCAGACUCGCUCGCCCUCAAGUCCCAAAUUUCUCUUUCCUUCCAAUCUCCCUCUUCUCCACCGUCUCACUCUGUAUCAGCGUCACUCUCACCUCUUCUGCCCGGCUUUAGCGGCAGCUUCCUCCGCUGCCCUUUUCCUUUCCUUUCAUCCCUCUCCCUUCAUCUCAGCAUCCUCAGCACCCUCAACACCAGGCACGUUCUCUUACGGCUCGAUCCUCGUCUCUCAACGGGCCAAAUCGCCAGCGACCGACGAUUCUCCCAUUCUCCCAUUCUCCCAUUGUUCGACCCAAUAUACCUGGCGGAUUCCUUGUUCUUGUCCGGAUCUCGGGAGCGCUCAUCCUGGUUGCCUGCUUGUUGCCCGUCAAAUCCAAACGCACCCUUGAUGUAUUCUCCCCAAUAUUAUGGCCCUUGUCUGCCUGCCCCAACAACAGUGCGAUAUAACCCUGUCAUGCGUUCGCAUUCGCGACCGUUCUCGCCAGAUCCGUCGUCAGAUGCAUCCACAGAACCCGGUUCUUCACAUCGGGCAAUCGUGAAUCCGCUCGAUCAGCCAUACACUCAACGAAGACCACUAUCACCGUCCAAUUCAACCCCAUCCCGUCAACGUAGUCAACGCACGCCAGCAGCCUUAACACCAACCGGAGGCUCAAGUCGACUCAAGCGUCGGGCGUCGCAAGGCUCGGUGAUCACCAAACCCUCUACAGUCACCAGGUUCCUGUCCCGUAGCAACGCUGCUCUCCACCCCCCGUCCCUUGACGCCACCGGCUCCGUCACACAAUCAUAUUCUCGCUCCGCCGAGUUCCGUACACACUCUGCCGACUCCCGGCUUCGGAUUUCUACCGUUUCGAGUUCGCUGGCGGCUCGAACCACCGACUCCGCCUCGCCGGCGUGGGAUUCGACGGACAAGAGCGACUAUCCUUCAACCUUGCCUCCAACGCCUCCCGAGGACGACGAUCACAUUGCCUGGAGUCCGCAAAACAAUAUGCUGCUCUUCGAACCUCAUGUGAACCGGGACCCGGGCCUCAUGCCCAUGGAUGAAGGCCCAAACAUGGAUACCUCUUCUGGAAGGGGGCAUUCAGAUACCCUGGGUAGCCCGUCUGAUAAUAUAUCACCUUCAACCUCUAGCGGGAGUCCGCAGUCCUCGAGUGGUGAGAUGGAUUGCGACGAUAGCUCGUGGCUUGGGAACAGCAUACAGACCAUAGUCUCGUCUCUGCCAUUCUCAAAUGCACGAGGAGAAGCCGCCAAAAUUGUCUACCAGAUGCUUCCAUACCCCUGCCCUGCCGAUAAACCGAGCAGCGCUGAGGUUAAUGAGAGUGUCUUCUGCUCACUCGUCCAAGCGGUGCAGCACCAUUUGCAGCAUGGGCAGUCGCCAUAUAUCAACGUCACCCAUGCAGUCCCCGAGCAAUUCAGUCUUUCCAACCUCCCGCAUUCUCCUCCCAGCACACCUCACUCGUCUUUCUCCAGCGAUGAUUAUUUUAAACCGACUGCUGUCUUUUCCAGCGCCGCCGUGGUUUCUGCGUACCACGACUUCCGCGGCCCGAUUCAGACCAAGGCGCCGCAUUUCCCGAUGCCGAUCGUGCCUCCAUUCAGUGUCCACAUCUCCGUUCUCGAACGCUACCUGCCCCCAUCAUCGUCCCAAGAGUAUAGAGACCUCUUUUCCCAUACCCGACCGUCCUUUCUUGUUGAUCGAUUGAGCGAACUUUCUCCGGAAGGGGGAUCAAUGCUUUUUAUCUAUCCCACCAGAAGAGGGGCCUCGACUUUCAAAUCACAGUAUCUUGGACCUAUCCUCGACCCCUUGCUGCGACAGCUCGUCGUAGUAAACGAAUUAUCAGCAGAGAUUAGUCGGUAUCUCGGCAAGGUUUCAGCGGUCGCUCACAUGGACGACUUCGACACCAUGCGAGAAAACCUCGACCAGCUCUGUGGUUCUUUAAGCUCAUCCUCCUCGCAGUUCAAGAUUGUGGAUGCUCGCAAGGGUAGCGUCCGUCUUGAUCGCAAGCUUUGGUCAGAGUGGUAUAUCCACCAAGACAAGGCUCGAAUGAAGGAGGUAAUCAGCCUCUACUACCAAAAUAGUCGUCGUCUUCCAGCGGCCAAAUCGACGUCGCUAAACACGUCCGGCUAUCACCGCUUGGAGACAAAAGAGGUCACGUCCGCCAUGUUGCUCAGUGAAAUCCUUGAGGGUAUUCGAAAACGACCAUACGGGGAGGAAAUGGAGCCCCGUGAUGGAAUCGAGCUCGGUAUCUUUGUCAUUCGCCGAACUCACUAA